AUGGGGAGGAGAGUGUUGUCAGUCAACGACGGUCCGGACAAUAGAAAACACACCAUCUCCACGCCCCACCACCCCAUGAAGUUCUUCGCUCCAAACACAAUGCAAGCCUUCUGCGGCGCUCCUACGCCUCUGCCGCGGUCAACACGUCACCACGUGCUACCGCCCACCUCACCGCGAAGGCUCCCCGUUUCCCUGCGCUUGCGAAAUUCCUCCAAAAGAUACAAUUCGGACUUCACGAGGUCGAGAUCCCAACCGUCAAAGGACGCCUCCGAGUCGAACAACUCGCCCUCAGAUCCAAUAUCGCAAACCCCCGCACCAUCACCUUUGCACCAUCACUACGAUCCAAAUCACGAGACAACACUACACUCUGCUGGAGGUAAUGGUGCUGCCCCGCCGUACAGCGGCAACGGCCAUUGGCAUGGCGACGGCAGUGGCGGAGACGACCGGCAAGAUCCCGUCGACCCCGAGGUGCUCGCCAUUCUGACCGCCGCUGGCCGAGACAUCUCCUCUCUACCGGUAGAUGUCCGCACCGCCACUGCCUCCCAACUACGUCGCCUCAUGGCCGUGGAGAAAAUCCCCCUCCUCGGUUGGCUCGCCAGCAUGUGGCCUGCUCUGAGAAACAGGCUCGUUGCCAAUGAAAGGCUACCGAUUCAGCUUGGCGUCGAGUUGAGCGUCGGCUUCAUGACCAAGACCCUCGCUGAGGUCCAGGGAAGGGGAAAGCGCUUCUGGAAGGAGUUUGACUUCUAUCUCUCUGAUAUGGCCCUCGAGCUCGUCGGCGAUGCUAUGCUCGUCUGGCUCUUGUCCCCUACUGCGCUUUUCAGUGCCAGUGCCAAGACCGCUGGUUUGGGAGCAUUCCUGCAAGGAUUACCAAAACACGCCGGCCAAAUCGGUGCAUUCUCCCCUUUUCAACGUACAUCUGCUUUCACAUUCAAGGCCUUCCAGUUUGGACUGGUUGGUUUCUUCUCGUCGAUGCUGGGCCACGGUCUCACAACACUUCUCGUCAAGCAGCGUCGCGCCGCGGCUGCCCGUCGUGGCGAGGCAGAGGAAGGCGGGGUGCAAUUAGCACCCGUCGUCCCUACGUCAGCCGUAUGGGGAUUGUUCAUGUUAUUAUCCAGCAACUCACGCUAUCAGCUCGUUAAUGCGUUCGAGCAACACGCACUUGACCCUUUGCUUGGACGAAACGCCCUUGCCCUGACUGCUGUCACCUUUGCUGUCCGUUUUUGGAACUGUUUUGUUGGUGGUGUGCAGUGGCUUCCGUUUGCGCAGCACUUUGGUAUUCAGUAGGCCUUUUCGACAAAGGCGUACGCACUGUCGAGAUCGCGAUCAAAUGACUACGAAUCCUGAAUCCUUGCCUUUACCAAAGACACGUUCUCUCUGCGUAAAGACUGAGCAAAUACGCAAAAGAGCAUUUACUAGUAGGUUUACGCAAGCAGAAUUCUGCAAUAGACCGACCUUGUCAUCAGUUACUAGAGCCAAACCGCGAGUGAUGAUGAAAUGCGCAAAAACAAAUAAAAAUAAUAGUAUCUGUCA